AUGGCUUUGAGUCUGUUGACCAAGCAGCUCCUCCUGCUGUUCUUGGUGGUCUGGGCUGGCUUGGUCAUCUACCUCUUUGCCGUGCACAGGGAGCAGGUGGUCAAGGAAGAGCGGCGUCAAAAGGUUCGGCUGCUGGAGAGGCACUCGCUGACUCCCGGCAGCGCCCGGCCCUGCGGCGCCUGCGAAGGAGCCGGAGCUGCCGGAGCCGGGGCCGGGGCCGCCGGAGCCGGAGGUCCGCGGUGCUGCUGGGAGCUUUCGAACCGGUACCUCCGCGCCGUGUUCACGGACUGGCCGCGGGUGGCCUGGCGUGCCCUGGAGGCCAAGGCUCUUGAGGCAGUGUCCAGCGCCUCCCUGGCGGUUGAAUCCUUUCCGCUCUUCAGCCUCCUUCCGGCGAGUGAGAAGGAGGCUUGCGGGCUGCAGGCAGUGAGCCACGACGCGGCGUGGUUGAGGUUGGAGCUGAGCUGUUCCAACGGCAUCCUGGCAGUGUUCUCGGCGCAACUGCGCGAGGAUGCACACUACAUCCGCUUCAAGGUGCGCAUCCUGUCGGGCCCUGGAUGGCCCGCGGCUGGCUUUCGGGAGCUGCAGCUGUGGAAGCUGCAUGGGUCCAGCCACAUCCAGGAGACCAAGCAUCCCCGGGAGUCUGAGGAGGAUUUCGAGGACAUCUCUGGCCUGCCGGUGAUCGUCAACAAGCGCUUUUUUGUGGCGGUGGAGCAUCCCAUGGCGGAGACCUCCGCCAGCAAGCGCAGCGGCUCCCAGUACGUGAACCUCACCGGGCAGAUUGCGCACUUGAAGAGCCUGGCGAGGAACCAGGCGAUUGUGGUGGGGGGCGGCCUGGGCGGCAUGUCGGCCGCCAACACCGUGGUGGAGAACGGCGGGCGGGUGGUCCUGCUGGACAAGUCCUCCUUCUGUGGUGGCAACAGCACGAAGGCCACCUCCGGCAUCAACGGGGCAGGCACCAAGACCCAGAAGGCCAAAGGCAUCCCCGACAACGCCGACAUCUUCACCCAGGACACCCUGAAGGGCGGCGCUAAGAAGCCGGAGCUGGCCAAGCUCUUGUGCGUGAACAGCGCGUCGGACGUGGACUGGCUGGUGGAGAAGUUCAACCUGGACCUGUCGCUGCUGGCACGCCUGGGUGGCCACUCGCAGCCGCGGACCCACCGAGGUAAGGAGCGCUUCCCGGGGAUGACCAUCACCUAUGCGCUGAUCCAGAUGUUGGAGAAGGUGGCCGAGAAGACUGACCUGGCGCGCAUCGUCACCAAGGCCAAGGUCGUCAAGCUGAUCCAGGAGGGCAAGGCCUGCGUGGGCUGCGUCUACGAGAAGGGCGGCCAGAACUUCCAGGAGUUCGGACCGGUGAUCCUGGCCUCCGGAGGAUUUGGGGCGGACUUCACCAGCAACUCCCUGCUGGCGCAGUACAGGCCGGACCUGCUGCACUUGCCCACCACCAACGGAGAGCACUGCACCGGGGACGGCAUCAAGAUGGGCGAGGCCAUCGGUGCCAAGAGUAUCGACCUCGAGUGGGUCCAGGUGCAUCCCACGGGCCUGGUGAAGCCGGAUGACGCGGACGCCAAGAUCAAGUUCCUGGCCGCGGAGGCCCUGCGCGGCGUGGGGGGCAUCAUCUUGAACGCGGAGGGGAAGCGCUUCUGCAACGAGCUGGGGCGCAGAGAUUACGUCACCGGGGAGAUGUGGAAGAGCAAGCCGCCCUUCCGGCUGUGCUUGAACAAGGCGUCCUCCGAUGAGAUCAUUUGGCACUGCAAGCACUACACAGGCCGAGGGGUGAUGAAGUUCUACGAGAACGGAGAGGCCUUGGCCAAGGACAUGGGCGUGGCCUUGUCGGUGAUCGAGCAGACCCACGAGGAGCACUACGCCGCGGCCAAGAAGACGGAGACGCAGCCGGACGCAGGCGGCAAGACCGGCAGCGGCAAGAAGUUCUACCACAACAUCAUCCCCGGCUCUUGCGUGAAGAACGAGCCCUUCUACGUGGCCAUCAUCACCCCGGUGAUCCAUUAUUGCAUGGGCGGCCUGCUCAUCGAUACGGACUCCGCCUGUGUGGGACCCAACAACCAGGCCAUCCCUGGGCUCUAUGCGGCAGGGGAGGUGGCGGGCGGCGUGCAUGGCAACAACCGCCUCGGGGGCAACUCCUUGUUGGAUUGCGUAGUCUUUGGGCGCGUGGCCGGCAAGGCGGCGGCGAAGUACAUGCUGGGCGCUGACAUGAAGGACGUGGAUCUCAAGGACGUCACCGGGGGCGGCCUGACGGGCGCAGUGGAAAGCUCCAAGUUGGCCGGCGGCUCCUACGAGGACAAGAUGAACACGGCCACCGCGGGGGCCGCAGGCGCACCGGCCGGCGGUGGCGGUGGCGGCGGCUAUAGCAUGGAGGAAGUUGCCAAGCAUACCAGCAAGAGUGAUUGCUGGGUGGUGGUGUCAGGCCAGGUGCUGGAUGUGACCAGUUUCUUGAGCGAGCAUCCGGGCGGCGAGUUGGCAAUCCUGACCUUCGCCGGCAAGGAUGCCACGGAGGAGUUCAACAUGAUUCAUCCUCCAGAUGUGAUUGGCAAGUAUGCUCCGGACUCCGUCAUUGGCAUGAUUGGUGGCGGCGGCGGUGGUGGAGCAGUUGCCGGUGGAGGUGGCGGGGGUGCCGUGGCAGGCGGCAUUCCUAUGGAGGAGGUGGCCAAGCACAGCUCCAAGACGGAUUGCUGGGUGGUUGUGUCAGGCCAGGUGCUGGAUGUGACCAGUUUCUUGGGCGAUCACCCGGGCGGCGAGUUGGCGAUCCUGACCUUCGCCGGCAAGGAUGCCACGGAGGAGUUCAACAUGAUCCACCCGCCGGACGUCAUCGGCAAGUACGCCCCCGACGCCGUGAUCGGCGUGGUGGGCAGCGGCGCGCCCGCGGGCGCGGUGGCCACAGGGGCGAAGGCGGGCGGCGCGCCGGCCAGGAAGGACCUGGGCGGCAAGCUGGCGAACCACCACGCCUGGGGUCACCUGGACGGGGACCUGCAGCCCAACUGGCGGGUGGACUUGGAGGACAACCCCGGGGCGCUGCUCAUCAACGUGAAGAGCUACUUCAACGCCACCUGGUUCUUGCUCCUCUCCGUGCUCUACGAGGUCUGCGCCACGAUCUUCACGGCCAAGAACAUCAAGAUCUCCAACGACCGCCUGGGCCUCACCCGCAGCGCCAUCCUGCUGAUCUUGUUCAUCGUGAUCCACGCCGUGGGGAACUUGCACGUCUUCAAGGGCCCGGAUGACUUCAACGGCUACGGGUACUUCUACGUGCGUUUGUAUUGGACGGGCUUCGGGCUGCCGGCCAACAUCGUGGAGGAGUACAUCCUGCUGAGCGUGCUGCUGCACGUCUUCGUGGGCCUGAAGCGCACCUGGGACAUGAAGCUGGCGCUGGUGAACACCCAAGGGAUCAAUGUGCUGAACCUGGCCAUCUCUGGUCUGAUGCUCCUGACCUUCAUGACCAUCCACCUCUUCCAGUUCCGAUUCGGCGACACGGAUCAGUUCGGGCCUUACUACGUCCGUCCGCCUCCGUACCUCAUCAACUUCUGGGGCAUCCUGUCGCUGAACCUCUUCUGGACUCAAGACAGCAGCAUCGAGCCAGUGGGCGUUCGGGAUAUCUACGCCCUGGAGUUUCAGAUCUUCAAGAACCCCCUGUGGUCAUUGUUCUACAUCUUCUCGGUGGGGGUCUUCAUGGUGCACGCCUGCCUGGGCUGGAAGAAGGUGACACCCGUGCUCGGCAUCCCCCGUGGCCACAUCCAAAAGGUGGAGAUGAUUGGCUAUGCCAUCAUGAUCGUCAUGGGCCUCGUCUACAUCUCCUUCCCCCUUUAUGUCAUGGCCACCAAGCCCUUCAGCGGCUACGAAGACAGCAUCCAGAUCCCAGGAAGAGUGGAGUGAAGCCCAAAUCUCGACUCGCCUUUGAGUGCGACUCGCAGGCGCGUAGCUCGUGGCUGCGCCUGUGGAAAAAGCUAAGUCCGGCUUUCUCUGUUGGGAGCCCCUUUUGGAGCAUUGCUUUUGAGCCAAUUGCUUUGAGCUCAGAAUCUGUCCGGAUUUUCUCUGGGCCGUCUCAAGAGGCAGGCCGCCGGUGUUCGAUUCGAGCCUGGAAGCGUCCGGGCCGACUCUGAACAGCACAUCAGGACUCUGAGUGCAG